AUGCUACCUCUGGACAUCAUGAGUGCGAACCAGUCACGUCGGAGGAGAGAUCUGGGCCUAAGUCUCGAGGGCAGCACGAAACCCAAGAUAGACAACACAUUGCCUUAUGGAGGGAGAGCGCUCAACAAGAACAGUUUGCGAUUAGUUGAGAUACAACCAGCAGCGCACGAGGGCGACCCUUUGGUUUGCACGCUGACUGAAGUCGCCUUCGGCAGCAGGCCCAAGUUCGAGGCACUGUCAUACAGAUGGGGUACAGGCAAGAUGACCUAUGCCAUCACCCUGAACGGCUACUCAUUUCAAGUCGGGGAAAAUCUCCUAGAUGCCCUCAUCUUCCUCCGGAGUCAGUCCAUGUCCAAGAAGGCGUGCCAGCUGUUCUGGAUCGACGCCAUCUGCAUCAACCAGGGCGAUCUAGAGGAGCGGAGCAAGCAAGUCAGGAUUAUGGACCAUAUCUACUCGCGGGCUAGCACCGUGGUAGUCUGGUUGGGUUACAAGUACACAGUGUUUCAAAGAGAAAUGAUAAGUGAGCUAAAGCUGGAUGAGAGCGAGAAGCCCGGGGGAGGUUCUCCUGAAACCGGCGACAGCAAUCAGUGGAAGAUGGUUAGACAUUUGCGAACUGACCCCUACUGGGAUCGCCUCUGGAUACUGCAAGAGAUUGGGCGCGCGAGGCAGCUUCGGGUCUGCUUUGGAAAUAAGACUUUCUCGUGGGAUCAUUUUAUGCACCUCAUCACGAUGCACAAUAGUGAUGGGGCCACCGGGCCCCUAAGGCUGAACAGAUUACUCCGCGAAGAGAAAUAUAACGACUCGCAUACUCUCAAGAGGCUACUCGAGGAGCACAGAGAGGCAAAAUGCUCGGAACCAAGAGACAAAGUCUAUGGGCUCAUUGGACUUGCCUCAGAUGCCGGGGAGUUUCAGAUAGACUACAGAAAGUCUCUCUACGAGGUGUGGAAGGAUACGAUGGAGUUCAUGAAUAAAUGGAAUCUUUUCAAAGAUGAAUCCCAGAUUCUCCCAAUCGGAACCCUGGUGAAGAGCCUCCUCAUGGCAAGUCACAGCGAUCCCCUUGGUCAGCUCGCGAAAGAGCACGAAGACCAAUUAGACUCGACUCAACUUAUCAACAAUCCGCAAAGCCCCCUUGUUUUCCACCUUAAGGCAGUUUCAGUUGGUUGUAUCGUCUGCGUUGGGCCUUCAGCCAGUGACAUCGUCUCCAGACCUGACGAGGCAACUCGGUGGCGUAUUGCCACACAGCGUCUAUUUCCGGCGGGCGAACUGGGACCAGCUCAUCAGGAGUACGAUAAAUUGCUCCACGCCCUACUAGAAUCAGACGAUUCAGAGAUUGAGAAGACGUGCUUCAACAGGCCAAGUCCCGUCAUCUGGGAGCAGGAAAACUGUUCGUACCGAUAUGACGAAACGCCGAAAACCAUACAACGCUAUGUCAGGCUGGUUCAUGAAGCAACAGAGACCACUGCCCUCCAACAAUGGCAGCAGAGGCCACAAGAAGUUGCAGAUCAAUUAGCACCGGUCCAGCCGCAGCUAUACUUGGCUAAAGAUUAUCGUCGUACCCUACGGAGGAUGGGUCUUGCCUCAUGUCUCGUCCAACUGAAUGAUGUCGUCUUACGGGUUCCCUCGUCAAGGAGAGCCCUCUUGGUCAGGGUUAAAGAGGGCAGAGAGAAGUCUACGGUGAGAGUGUUUGGCACGGCACUGACCACGGAAGAUAUGUGUAGCUCGACACUAGACAACAACUACGUGGGAUGGACAACAGAGGUGCAGAUAGAUGCGGGCACAAUAUUCAUGCUGUUAGAAUGA